GAGAAAUAGAAAGCUGCCAAGUGUCCGGAACCCAAAGGUGGCAAACCAAAUCUCGUCAACAAUGUCACAGCAAAUCCUGAAACCACGAUGAACCUGGACUCAACAAUGUCCAAGUUCAUCUCAAUCUCCCCAAUGUCCAGCAUACACUGGUCAGCUCUGUCUCUAUUUUCCUCUUCUGUUCUGCCAUAAAAAAAAACUCCUUCAAAGCUCCAACAGUCUUCCCUGUCUCUCCUUUUUCUUUCUGGUUCUCCUAAAAAGUUGAAAUUAGAAGAAAAAAAUGAAAGAGAGAAAAGAGAUAGAGAAACAGCUGCCACAGUCUCCUCCUCCUCCUUAUCAUGUUCUUCACAAGCUUCCUCCCGGGGACAGCCCUUACGUUCGAGCGAAACAUGUUCAGUUUCAAUCCGGCCAUCUUCCCUAUGCAUUGCAGUUAGUAGAUAAGGAUCCAGACGCGGCGAUAGUUUUGUUUUUGAAGGCGAUAAAUGCAGGAGAUAGAAUAGACAGUGCACUUAAAGACAUGGCAGUGGUUAUGAAGCAGCAGGAUAGAACUGAAGAAGCGAUUGAAGCAAUAAAGUCUUUUAGGGAACGCUGCUCCAAGCAAGCUCAGGAAUCACUAGACAAUGUCCUCAUUGACUUGUAUAAGAAAUGUGGGAGAAUUGACGAGCAGAUACAACUACUUAAGCAAAAGCUUAGAAUGAUUUACGAAGGUGAGGCCUUCAAUGGGAAGCCUACCAAGACAGCACGGUCCCAUGGCAAGAAGUUCCAAGUCACCAUCAAGCAGGAGACCUCUAGAAUACUGGGAAACUUGGGUUGGGCCUACAUGCAGCAAGAAAACUAUUUAGCAGCAGAAGCAGUCUAUCGUAAAGCUCAGAUAAUAGACCCUGAUGCCAACAAGGCUUGCAACCUUUGCCAGUGUCUGAUCAAACAAGCACGUUACUUGGAAGCAGAAUCCGUUCUUGAGUAUGUAGUACACGAUAAACUCCCAGGAUCCAGUGAUCCCAAAUCAAGAAACCGUGUGAAGGAGCUGCGACAGGAACUCGAGUCACGACAGCCCGUAGCAUUAGCUUCAACUGCAAUAGAAUUAAAUUUAGAAGAUGCUUUCCUGGAAGGACUUGACCAGUUGAUGAGCCAAUGGGCUCCAUACAGAUCAAGGAGGCUUCCUAUCUUCGAAGAAAUCUCUUCGUUCAGGGAUCAGUUGGCUUGUUGAGUUUUUUGUGUUGGUUUAUACUCCACAUGGAUUGUGUCAGUUUUGAAUGUUAGUGCUUGUGGAAAGCGAGUAUGUUAGAGACAGUAAACUGCUUCAGGAGUGCCUUUGUAACAAUGAGCAAUUAAAGGAACUGUAUAUACGUAUUUCUUCAUAUAUAUAUAUAUAUAUAUAUAUUCCCUAUAAAGGGACGCGACGUUUUGCCUAGUUGAAUUUGGACGAGGAACUGCUAAAGCAAAAGCCUAUUUACCAAGGUUUUUUCUGGGAACCGUUACUUUACUUGCUGGAUUAGCUUGACAACUGUUACACGACAAGGUGAUGGUCUUAGGCCUGAAGUUGGUAAGACGGAAAUUUGUGGAUCUAGAUCAGUUUGCCAGUCAUCGAAGGAGCUCUAAAGUGUCAGCGACUUGGGAGAGCGUUGUGCACGUGGGAACUCACAGCUGGGUCGUUGGUAAUUUCCAUUGUUAGCUGCUCACGAAGACAGCACAGAAGGGCGGCCGCCUGUCAAACUCAACAUUGACUGAUGGAUGGGUACUGGGCUUUGGAUGGGGAGUUGAACAUGGAACGCUUACUGGGUAGUUAUGGAAAGCAGGGAAACAAUAUUCUAAACAUUUUUGCAUUGCUUUUGGAUUAUACUGUAGUCACAUUGUUUUUACCAUUGAGAAUCAAUUUAUUAUAAUCAAAAUUUUCAGUCGAA